AUGCGCACUCAGGCCCUGACAGAGCUCGUUUCGACCACCGACGACGUCCGCCGGCUGCGCUCUGCGGCCGACGCGAUCCGCGCGCUGGUUCCAAUCGGCGGGACGGCGCCGCGCGCGCGCACGCUGCAGCUGGCGCGCUGCGCCGGCCUCAUCGCGGCGCUCGUGGCGGCGCAGGACCCGGACCACGCUGUAAAAGACAACAUGACACUGCGCAUUCAGCUCGCCAGCGCCCUGAACAACCUCAUGGCGGCGUCCUCCGACGCGGUGACCCUGGCAACCGCACGCCGCAGCGGCUGCGCGCGCUGCGGCGGCGGUAAUUGCGGCGGCAGGCUGCGCUGCGUCGCGGAGCUGUAUCUUCUCAACCUGCAGGCCUGCUCCUUCCUUAUAGGCGAUUCGGAGCCCGACGAGGCGGCUGUGGAGUACGCAACUUCAGCAAUGAUCGGGCUCUCGGCAAUCCACAAAUGGGAGCCUGACUGCCUGCCAGGCGCCGCCGUGGCAGCUGCAAGGCGCGCGCCAGGCGGCGCGGCGGGCAUGGCGAGGGCCUUCGCGCUCCUGCUUACGCCGCGGCCGACGCCCCGCGGCG